AUGGGGGGUCCCACUCCAUCCCUCAUUUCUCCUUUCCACCUUCGCUUUCCGAUUUCCUCUGCCUCCCUGUCAGCUCUCCGCGCUCCUCCCCAAACCUUCCGUGAUACCGACCGUGGUGUUAGCAUGGCGACCAGUAGGAUAGUACUACCUGCGACUGAAUUCCCCCUCCACGUGCCAGUGGGCGUCGGUGGGUACGGGGUGACGCUUGAGAUGAAGGACUACGAAGCCCUUCGCGACGAGAAGGCCGAGUUCACAGAACCUUGCUUCGACCUCGGCCUCGCGUACGAGCUCGAUCGUCUGGGAAAAGGCGACAGCAUGAUCCUGAUCCGCGGUGCGAGUCUUCGCGCCGCCAGGACGGCGUCGAAGGCGGACUAUCUGGUUUUCGGGUCGGCCUUCGGCUUCGAAGCCCUCGCCAUCCCCCUGUGCACCGGGGGCGGACCUCUUCCCGGCAGGCACUGCAGCGUCCUGCUUGUUGUGCGCCCUGGCGACCUGCUUUUGCCCGACGAGGAGGAGAUCGGGACGUUCUACCGCCACCUCGACCCCAAGACCUCCUCCAAGCGGCACGAGGAGGAGGCGGCCAACGUUAUGAGGUUUUUCGCCGAGUGCGCGAAGGCGGAGUUGAACCGUGAGGGAAGGCAGUGGACGGCUGCGCCUCCUUCCGCCGAAAUCCUCUCCGAACGUCUGGAGAGUCUUGCCGCCCCCAUCCGUGAUGUGAGUUUCCAACGUCCAUGUCGCCUUGUCGCCUGGGCUAUCGUCGUCGAGGCGUCGACUCACCCUUUUCGUCGUCGCCAUGUGCUUCGGAUGUUGAUGCAGAAAUUGCCCGACAUCCUCAAGGAGGAGGUCGCCGGCUCGGGGCUGUUUGCGGUCAACGCGUUCGCGUGGUCUUUGGAGCAUCUCGACGACGUGUUUCGCAGCUACGAUCCGCUCAUCGUCGAGAACCCGAAGAUGGUCGGCUUGAAGGCGCUCCGACUGGAGCUGCUGCACCACGCGGAGAAGGCCGCGUCGAACAGAGGGGAGGCGGCGUCGACCGUGGCCCGUGGCGUCGAAACCGGCAUCGCUAUGGGUGGGGAGGAGGAGCACGAGAGGGAGGACGUUGAGGGGGGCGGGGAGCACGACGGUGGCUCGGAAGAAGAGGAGGAGGACGUGGAGCGUGAGGAGGACGACGUGGUUGUCACCGGCGAAGAGGAGGCAGUGCAGUUCGCCGGUGAGAAGGUUGCGGAUAUGGGCGGCGGCAGCGGACCCAAGUUGGGCAAGAAGGCCCGGGGCAGCAGUGGCUCGUGUCAGAACAUAUCUAUAGCUUAUACUGCUGUGUAG